AUGAGCAGAAACCAGCAGCAAACAGAAGCAACUGAAAAUCAUCCAAAUGAUGGUGAAGUCGAAUCAGUAGUAGCAACAAAGAAUGAAAAGGAUUCAUUAGACAGUGCUGAUGGAUCUCGGGAUCAGGCACACGCGCAGGAAAUAUAUGAAGUUGGCUCUGAUCAGUCGCAGGAUACUCAGACUCCCUUCCCAAUGCCUGGUUUUAAGAAGAAAACACGCCCGGCUGAAACCAAGGAUCUUACAACUAGUCCCGAUUCGUCUAAAGACAACGAGACUCCGUUCCCAUUACCUGGUUAUAAGAAGAAGACUAUAGUGGCAGGAACAGUAUCUCCGUCACCACCUCCACUACCAUCUUCACAGAGUCAUCCUGUAGCCCCGCCUCUCAACUAUGAGGAACCGGAUUGGAGCGAUUUACCGCAAGAUUCAUACUCCAUGGAAGUUAUCAAGGGCGGCAUAAUUCUUGAAAACGUUGAUCUGCCAAAGAAAAAAUACAUUACUUUUGGACGACUUCCAAUCUGCGAUAUCCAAAUGGAAAAUCCUGUUUAUUUGUAUGAUUUGGACAGUGCCCACGGGACAAAAGUUAAUAAGCAACGACUUCGCCCUCGUAAUUAUGUGGAAUUACGUGUUGGGGAUCAGAUAAAAUUUGGAGAAAGUACUCGAACUUACAUUCUACAAGGACCCGAGCCCGCACCAGCUGUUCAAGAACCAGAGAAAAAAAUUGAAACAUCAGCGCCACGCGGAUAUCUACCAAAGUCAGCUAUUGAAAGUACAGGCGUUACUUGGGGUUUUGGUGAGGAUGCUGAAGAAGAUGACUCGGAAUCCACCGAACAGUUGACAAGUCCAUGGCAGCGUGAUGAAACUGCAUACUAUUACAAAGACCCUAAAAAGGCUCUGAGAAAUUGGCUCGAGAAUCGCGGGUUUCCGCUCGAAUUUGAAUAUGAAGAGGAGGGUCCAAUACAUCAGCGAAAUUUUACUGCACGAGUCCGAUUAGCGGACGUCGAGGAUUCUUAUGGGCAGCUGUAUGGUAUUGGAACUAGCACAAAAAAGAGAGAAGCAGAAAGAAUAGCAGCUGUUGACGCUUGUGAGAAGCUCGACAAAUACGGAAUUUUGCGUUCAGGGCGUGACGCUGAUGCAGCCAAAAAAACUAAAAAACGUAAAGAACACAAACCACGAGUAGUGCAGCCAAGGGUCGAAACGUACGAAUCCCUCACAAGGCAACAUGAAGAACUUGCCAUCAAAUUGAAAGAAGCUCGACGCAAACUUUCUCGGCUGACUGUUGCUGCAUCAUCAAAGUCUGCUGAUAUAGCUGGAGAAAUGGAUCUAGAUUCAUACAUGGCACAGAUCGAUGAAGACAUAAACGAUGAAUCUAAAGCGAAGCUCGAGGCAGAGCUGGAAGACUUGUUGAAGCAAGACCGGAGUUUGUUGCGUCUUAUUGAAUUGGCCAAGCCAAUGGAUUUUUUCACAAAUACAUCUGGCCGAUAA